AUGUUCUCCCGUCUCUCUCCGGGACCCGGCCGGAGUUUCGAAUCUAACCGACAAUCCGCUGCUCCAAACCAAACAUUCCAAACCGAACGUCCGAAAUCCUCCGUUCUCGUUUGUCGUCUGCACUCGGUAGCUCCUCUCGCAGUGUUUCAGUUACCUAGUUUUACCGGUAGUUGUCCCCGUGAUGAAAAUAAUGGGAAAUGUCGCCGUAGCCGCCGUACACGGUCGAUAUAAUCGCUGUUAAACAGUCGUCCGCAACGUUAUUUCGUUAUGUUGGUUAGCAAUCCCUCCGAAAAGUAAACGUGCCUGGUCGUCCGGAACGCCGAGAGAGACGCUCCGCCGCCGUUCUCGCGCGCAAAUUGCAACACUUCGCACGCCAGUACACGCGCGCGCGCGCGCACACACACACACAUACACAUACACACGCGCCCGAAAGGUAAAUAACAAUAAUUACAUUAUUAAUUUCGAUAAUAAUUUGUCGUCGGUUUGUGUGUUUAAUCGGCGUGUUAAUCGUCCAGCGAUUAACAACACACCCGUACGUACUUAAACCGAUUCAUGUAAUGUGUGACCUUCGCCGUGUUACGCGGGAGAAACGGGCGCCAAUCGAUUGACCCUUAUAACGAUGUCGUUAUUAUUUCCAACAAUCGUGUGCUCCGCUAUUUAUAAUAAUAACGCACUUGACUAAUUGUUUUCGGUUACGAUAAUGGACUGUCCGCUGUGAAAUCUGACACCUCGCUGUCGGGAAAGUAACGACAAAUUUAUGUCUACAACAUACCUAAUAUUUUAAUAAAACUAUAGACACCCAUUCGUAUGAUUUGUUUGUUUUGAAAUCCUUUGUCCGUGUUUGUUUUUUCGGUGUACUUACGCAUCGGUUCGUUGAGUUUUGACAUGUUUUGCAACCGAUAUUUCACUUGUAAUAUUCAUUAUUAUAUUUACUUAUUUGUCUCUUGUUAUUAUUAUUGCUUAAUACGAUAUGUAUUAGGUGUGUGUAUAAUUAAUAUUAGUUUCGUUCACCGUAUUUUAAACCCUUUUACUUAUAUUAUAAUCGUUAUUUUUCGAAAUUCAUUUUAGAUCGAAUAUAAUUUACUUGUAUUAGUACACCUACCUGUACUAAAUUUUUUUAUAUUAAAAUGGACCAUAUGAUACUUUAUUUAUUCCAUUCAACAUAGUAUUAUGUAAAUAGGUAGGUACUUAAAAUGUCGGCGUUUUAUUGACAUUGUGAUUGUUUAUUAGGUACCUGUUAAUUAUAAUUUUAAGUGGGUACUCAAACUAUUAUUUGUACAAACAAUUUUAAAUUAUUUCAGUUAAAAGUUCAACACAUACUCAUUAAAGGUUUUGUUUGACAAUUGAAUUAUAAUCGAAAAUUCGGAAAAAUAAAGUUAGUGUAAGUUUGUAUAUUAAUGAGCUUUUGUUAUUUUAAAUUAGUAUUUUAGUUAGAUUCGAGGUUAUAUUAUCACACAGAUAAACCUAUUCGUUUAUUGUUAUUUCUUCCUUCAAACCGAAUAUUUCAAUAAAACUAACGUAUUUUUGGUAAGAACUGUUAGGUAAUUAUUCUUAAUUGACCAGGUGAUAAUAUAUAUUGACCUUAAUGUUAUAGUUAUAUUAUAGUGUUUAAACAACUGAAUGAAACCGAUAUAAUUAUACUAAACUGAUUGAAUGAACUCUGUAUAACCGGUAUUUCGAGUCUCAUUAGACACCUAUAAGUAUAAGAUAAAAAAUUAUUAACAAUGUUUUAACUAUAGCUAUAUAUCUAAUAUACGUAUUACACUGUCUUCACAAAUAAAUUCAUAAAUGAUAAUAUUUUCAUAGUAAUAAUAGUAGGAGGUACUUUUUAGAAUAUUAUAUAACUAUAGACACACAUUGUUAAUAUUAUUGUUAUCUUUUAUUUUGUUUCUUAUGCUCUAUACAUUAUAACAAACUCGACAACUAAUGAAUAUCCCACUAAAAGAAAAGUUCUAAAAAAAAAAAAUAUUAAAUACUAAAUCAAUUUUAAUAAAGCAUAUCUAUUUAGUAGCCUAUUGGUAAAACUCAAUAUAUUACAUAGUCUUGUCUGGUCCCUAGUUAGUACUUUAAUACUGUUUUAUGAACUUAUUGUGAUGGUUUAUAAAUACAACCAAUGCUUGAUGCUUAUUAUCAGCUGUUCAUUAACUGGAAUUUUGUUGAUGAAUUAAUAGAAAAUUGUGAAUAGAAAUCUAGGUUUUUAAUAAUGUUAUAAUAUUAGUAGGUAUAAUUUAAUAAGAUAGAUAAAUAUAUUAUUAUUUAGGUAGGUAUCUUUUAUCUCAUUAGCAAUUAUAAACGGUAUAACAUUGAUGUAAAUAAUAUUAUUUUACUAUUAAAAAAAAAUUCUACUUUUAAAAUACUUUAAUUUUAAUUUUCGUUUGAUAUAAAUAUAUUUUACAAUUUAUACUUAUAUCAGGGUUAUAAUUUAUGCAUUUAAAAACUAUAAUAGUUCCAACUAUUGGUAUACUGGAUAUUUUUUAUUUUAAUUAAUUCAAAUAAUAAUUAAGACUUAUAUUUAUUUGUUUAGAUAAUCAAAACGAUCAAAAUGGCAGAUAUAUCUGUAAAAGAAUCUCCUUUUUACAACAAUUAUAAAUCACUAAUAACUACCUCAACGCCUCAAAAAAGUAUCAACGACAGUGGCUACAAUACUCCUAGUUCCACGUUAUCAUCCAAUCUCAGUCAUAUAUCUGAAAUUUCUAUUUCCUUUGAUCACACACCAUCAGAUCAUCAUGGUAUGCUUCAAGUGUCUUCAGCUACACAGAAUUUUACCGAUGACCAUUGUAAAUUAGAAGAUAUUACUAAUACAACUGAUUCUGGUAUUCAUUUUUCACCUCCUACAUAUGAAGAACUUUCCCCUUCAAAAAAAUUUAAAUUUUCCUCGGAUAUGCGAAUGCGGUUUCGUAUAAAUAGAUCUCCAAAUGAUGAAGACAGUCAGUUCUUAAAAAGAAAAAACUUGACUCUUGAUCAAAAUGAAAUAAAUCAUGAACGUAUAUCUGUGGAAGGCCGAGAGAAUUUGGAUAUUAUGUAUUUUCUAGCAGAGCGAAAUAAUUUUGAACCGGUUACAGAAAAAAUAUUUUCUUUUUUAUCCGGUAGUGAUAUUAUAUCAAUGUCUAUGGUUUCCAAGACUUGGUGUGGUGCUGUUAAAAAUUCACUCAUUGCUCAGAAAAAGAAACGAAUGUAUUUUAAGCUAUCAAAAGAAAAUCGUGGCAGCUUUGAUUGUAGAGACCGUUCUGCUUUUUAUAAUAAAGGAUGUUUAGCAAAUAUUGCAAAUGUCAUGCGUUCUCCAUCAAAAAGAGAUUUACCGCAAAGAAGUCCUCCAGUCAGCCCUAGUAAAUACAGAUUCCAUGUAUUUCAAAAGGUUAGAAAAUAUCAUUAGCGUUUAAAUACUUUAGAGCCCAAUAUGAGAUUAAAUGAUUAAUUAAUUAUUAAUCAAUUUUUCAUACUUGAAUUCUGUAUAACAUGAUAAAUAUACUUAACUAAUAUUUUUAUUUUAGGAAGCAAAAAAAUUGAGUUCAGAUCAACAAUUGGUUAAAUGUCCACGGUGUACAAGACCUGCAUCAUGGUCACCCUCUCUAUCAACCCGUGCUGAAUGUAAAGGAAUUCAUUGUAAAUUCAUAUUCUGCACAAAAUGUAUGUGUGAAUAUGCCAACAAUUUUGAACAUAAAUGUUUGUCCAUGCCAAUAUUAUCAAUUUCAUCAUAUAAUCGCCGCCCAUUGGUAACUAGUUUAUCCAAAAGGAAAAGGAAUUUGCGAAGGUUAUUAACAUAG